UGAAAGGUGAAUAAGAAAUGUCAGAGGCCGAUGAUAGCUGUCAUGCUGGGGUGUAACUAGAGACAGAGAGAGGCAUAUUGUCAUAUCAAACAGAACACUUGGCUUCUCUGCGGAGGUUAACCAGCUGACUACACAAUGGCACAGUCAACCGAUCCGGGGGAAAAACUCACUGAAGUUUGUGAGAACCUGGAUGAGCUUAUUCUGCAACUUAUGACAGAUUUGGAGAUCCUUGAUGACAAGCGGAAUACCCUGAACAAGCUGAUUGAGAAGGGAUGGUUCUCUCUUAUCCAGUCUCGCUAUUCCAUGGGGACUAAGUUUGUGUCUCCUCUGCAAUAUAAACCAGACAUGACGCCAUCUGUUUUUAUCCAGGACAGCACUUCUGAGGACGGGAACACUAGAUUUGAUGUGACUCGUAUGGACCUAAAAAAGAAAGACAGCCCUCCGGAAGUGGAGGAGAUAGGAGCUGCAGAACAGGGGCUGAGGCGCAGGAAAGGUGCCACCGAGACUCCAAAACUCCCCGAAACUGGUGAAAAAGACUGUGAAAGUGAGCGUCAGGGUUCAACUCCAUCCGAAAACCCACUGCAUUGGUUUGGAAUAUUGGUGCCACAAAGCUUACGACAGGCACAGACCAGCUUCUCUGAAGGUAUCUUGUUAGCAGCUGAAUUGGCUUCCUUACAAAGCAAUAUUGAGGAGACACAGCGUAAAUACCGCUCUUUACUCUCUGAGAAGCAUCAGCUUUCAGCCUUGAAGAGUUGACUACCUGCAAAAUGCUCAGGAAGUGUUAAAUGGACAUUAUACUAAAUCAUUUUCCAUGUUAUAAGAAAUAUGUAUAUUCUUUGCCAGAAAUAAUGUAACGACAAGGAUGUUUAAUAUUGAAAUGAAUACAUCCGUAUUCGUGGUGCACUGCCUACUGAUGUUCAUUGGCUGAUAUGGACAACUCCUGUUGUUGGUGGAGAAGGAACCAAGCUGGAGAAGAGAACACGGGUUAUUUCAAAAUAUAAACUGAAAUUUGAAUCAAAUCAUUCUCACUGAAUAGUUGUAGUAUUCCCAUCAGCAACAACAUCUGGGAAUCAAAUACAGGGCAUGUAUAAUACAAAACAAUGAAAUCUGCUGGGCGAGUUACAGCAUAAAAUUACAAGCUUGUGGUGUGUAUGUGUUUGUGCAUUAAAUAAAAAAAGGAAAGUAAAAA